AUGGAGGACGUGCGCUCUUCCUACACCUUCGGCCGCGAGCUCGGCCGGGGCCAGUUCGGCGUCACCUACCUCGCCACCCACAAGUCAACCGGCGCGCGCCACGCCUGCAAGUCCAUCGCCGCCCGAAAACUCGCGCGCGCCGACGACGUGGAGGACGCGCGCAGGGAGGUGCAGAUCAUGCACCACCUCACGGGCCACCGCAGCAUCGUCGAGCUGCGCGGCGCCUACGAGGACCGCCACUCCGUCAACCUCGUCAUGGAGCUCUGCGAGGGCGGGGAGCUCUUCGACCGCAUCAUCGCGCGCGGCCACUACUCCGAGCGCGCCGCCGCCACGCUCUGCCGCGAGGUCGUCAGCGUCGUGCACAGCUGCCACUCCAUGGGGGUCAUGCACCGCGACCUCAAGCCCGAGAACUUCUUGUUUUUGAAUAAGCGGGAGGAUUCGCCGCUCAAGGCUACUGACUUCGGGCUCUCCGUCUUCUUGAAGCCCGGCGAGCAGUUCAGGGAUCUUGUUGGCAGUGCCUAUUAUGUGGCUCCGGAGGUGCUCAAGCGGCGAUAUGGAGCGGAGGCCGACAUUUGGAGUGCUGGAGUCAUCCUCUACAUUCUCCUCUCCGGCGUUCCUCCGUUCUGGGCAGAGAAUGAGGAAGGUAUAUUUGAUGCUGUUCUGAAAGGUCACAUUGAUUUCUCGUCCGAUCCCUGGCCAUCGAUUUCAAACGGGGCUAAAGACUUGGUCAAGAGGAUGCUACGGCAGGACCCCAAGGAGCGGCUCACGGCUGCCGAAAUUUUGAACCAUCCAUGGAUCAGAGAGGAUGGAGAGGCCCCAGACAAACCACUUGAUAUUACAGUGAUCAGUAGAAUGAAGCAGUUCAGGGCGAUGAACAAGCUUAAGAAGGUCGCCUUGAAGAUUGUUGCAGAGAGCUUGUCAGAGGAAGAGAUCGUGGGCUUAAGAGAAAUGUUCAAGUCCCUGGAUACUGACAACAGUGGGACAAUUACUCUUGAUGAACUAAGGGCUGGCUUACCAAAGCUUGGUACCAAAAUUACCGAAUCAGAGAUAAGACAGUUGAUGGAGGCGGCUGAUGUUGAUGGAAAUGGGACCAUUGAUUAUGUUGAAUUCAUAUCGGCAACAAUGCACAUGAAUAGACUAGAGAAGGAAGACCACAUAUUUAAAGCAUUCGAAUACUUUGACAAGGACCACAGCGGGUACAUAACAGUUGAUGAGUUGGAAGAAGCUCUGAAGAAGUAUGAUAUGGGUGAUGAGGCAACUAUCAAAGAUAUCAUUGCUGAAGUGGAUACAGAUCAUGAUGGGAAAAUUAACUACCAGGAGUUUGUUGCGAUGAUGAAGAAUAACAGCCCAGAGAUUGUUCCAAAUCGAGCGGCGCUUGUUUUAAGUCUUCCAAUGGUUUAUGCGAAGCUUGCGACUUCUGUUGUUGCAUUGAGACCGGUGAUCAGUCGAGAUCUUCUUAAUUGGUGA